UAACAACACUGAGUUGUAUUUUUUAGUUUUGUUUAGUUUGUUUAGUUAACAACAAUUAAAGUUGUAUUAAUUGGCACAGAAAAAUACGUUUUGUUUACUCAAAGCGUGAUUUCAUUUUGAAGAUAAAAUAGAAAUGGUAUUGUCAUAAUGAACAAAGUAUACCCUACACCAUUCCAAUGUCCAGCUUCAAUUGAGAAAGUUGAACAGCAUCAUACAUUAGAGGAUUUUGUUAUAUUUAAUGAUAAUGUUAUAAGUAACCAUAAAUGUCUAAAUGGAAAAAAAAUACCACAAACUCAGAAAAUCAAAGUAAAAAACAGUCAUGAUAAAAAUGUUGACAUGAUAACAAGAGCUUCUGUAAAUAUGAAUAGGAAGUAUGACAAAAUUCCUAAAACUAAAACUGCGUGGUCAGAAAUCGAAAUGAAUGAUCUUAGUGACAGUGGCAGUGCAUUGAGUGACGAUGGUUCUGCUGUUGAACCAUUGUUGUUUAAGAAAGAUGAUGAUGCUGUUGCAUUGUUAUUUAAGCAAGAUGAGUUAGUGGAAUUAAAUUUGCAAAAUUCUGAUAGUUUAAUGUUUUCUAAUUUUAAAUCCAACACAUCUUUAGAUAAUCAACCCUAUGUUCACAACUGUUUAUCUGAUUUUCAAACAGAAAAUUCAAAGCACAAUGAAAAUAAAACAAUUUUUCUUACAGAUAUUACAGGAAGAACUUACAAAAUGCCAGUUUUGCUAAUGGGUUCCAAUAGCAACACAAGCGAUCUUAACAAUAAAACAUUUGAUUCAAAUACAAACAAAUUUAAAAAAAUAAGUCAAACGUCUUCAUUAUCAAGAAGCAGUAUUGAAGUAGACGAGUUAUUCAUAAAAAAUUUAGACUUAUCAAUCCCUAAAAAUCAUAUAGAUAAAAUUUCGACUGAUGGCAAAGAUGCAACCAUUACUGGUUCUUUGGCCAUAGAUGUUAACUUGGGAGUUUGGACUUCAGAUAUUAAAAAGGAUAUAGAUAUUCAAAUAGAAAGCAAUGAUUGGAGCACAGAAAUUUCUGAAAUUUCAAAUGAUUUGUCAAAGUUGGAUUGGAAAACAACUUUAUUAGAGAUAUCUCAGUUUAACUCAAUAUUCGAUUGGCAAACCUCAAUUAAAAAUAUAAAAGAAGAUGAUGUAAACCACCACCACCUAUGGGUUUCAAAGUUUGCUGAUGGAAUAAAAAACACACAAAGUAAUGAUUGGACUACUGAAAUUAAAAAAAUUGAAAAGAUGCCAUCAAAUAACUCAUGGACCACAGUAAUUAAACCUAUAGAAAAACAUAAGUCUAAAGAAAACGAAUGGAUUACAAAGAUCAAUCCAAUAUCAAAAAACACAAACAAAGACUCAUGGAAAGUAAAUCUUCCAUCGAGACUAAAAUCAGUGUUUCGGAAAAGUGACUGGAAAAUGCAUACUUCAACUUGUAUAACUCAAGUUGCCAAAUGGGAACAUGAGCAAAACAAUAUUAAAAUUGAAAAUCAUCCAAAUGAUUGGAGUACAGCUUGUACAAGUAUUGAACCACGUAGUGAUUCAAGUAUAUGGAACUCAAAUUUAUCAUCUAUAGAACCCAUUGGUGAAGAUAAUAAGUGGAUUAUAAAAGUGAGUGAUCUGGAAAAAAAACAAGAGAAAGAUAUUUGGAAUAUGAACUUAACUGAAAUAGAAAAAAAUGAUAAAUGUUCUGAGUGGAAUUUUUAUGUAAAAGAUGUACCUAAUAAUGAAAAACAAUUAAGUGAUUGGCUAACUACUUUUAAAUCUAUUGACAAAGUUUUUCCUGAAGAAAAUUUGUGGCUAACAAUAAAGAAUGAUAUUUUGUCACCAAAUGAAUUUGAUUCUUGGAGCAGCACUUUUUACGAAACUGAUGUAACGGAUAUGAGCCGCAGUUCAUGGAAGUCUUCUGUUAAUGACGUUCUUAUUGAUAGCUCAAAUGACCAGUGGAAGGUUGAAAUUCCCCAAAUAAAGUACCAAUAACUGUGUGCAAAAACGAGUUGAUCCAACUAUCUAUCGAUUUUAAUCGCUUUUUUAUGUUGUUUGUAUUGUAUCGAGUAACUGUGUACCUUUACAAAUUAUUUUUUGUGUUAAUAUUUUUA